AUGCAGGCCCGUUUCAUUUUCACUGUCCAUUCAGCUGUUGAGUCAUUCCUCCGCAUCCGAGUUAUUCCCCGCCAGCCCCGCCUACAACUUCGAUAUUCCACCAACCGACCAAGUAAUCGCGAACCAACAAUGGGCGAACGAGAACCCCAGACAGACGCCUACCGGCGCCCGAAGAAGCUCAUCUUCGCACCUGGCGAUAUUGCACCAACCUCCGAGCCCAUCCCAGAACCUCAAACUAAGUUUACACCUGCACCAACCACCCAAACUGCAGCCGAAGCCCUGCGCACUGCAACCUCGACCCCGACCUCAGCGACUGAAACCGAAGUUCUCUCCAACGCAGCCCGCGCCCACCAAUUCGGCACCAACCCACCCUUGACCAUCUCCCAAAUCCACGGCACAAGCCCCCUCCACCAGUUCAACACCUGGUUCCACGACCCCCGUCUCCCGGCCUCCUCCGCACCAGAAACAUGCACCCUAGCAACAGCAUCGAUGCCCUCCGGCCGCGUCAGCGCACGCGUAGUCUACCUUAAGGAACUCGACGAGCGCGGAUGGGUCGUAUACAGCAACUGGGGCAGCCGGGAAGGCAAAGGCGCACAAGUUUUCGGACUCGGCGAUGGAAGCGAUGAACUCGGCCCCAUGCCAGAACCCGGCGAAGCAACCAUCACCGCCGAGGUCGGCACGGGCAACAAAUGGGGCGCACUGACAUUCAGCUGGGCCGCCGUCGAGCGCCAGGUUCGUAUUGAGGGCUUGCUCGAGCCGCUCAGCCGCGAGGAGAGCGAGCUAUACUGGCGCACGCGUGAGCGCGGCAGUCGUAUUGGGGGCUGGGCGAGCUGGCAGAGUAAGGUUCUGUGGUCCGCGGAGCCGGAUCAACUGGCAGAAAACCAGCGCAAGAAGAGUGUGGAGCAGUUGCAGACCGUGGAAGGGAUGCAGCAGGUUCCGGCUGAUAUUGAUCAGACGGAUGAUGAGGAUGGGCGUGCACUGCUUGAGUUGAGGGUUAAGGAGAUGGAGGAGAGGUUUGCGGGCGUUGAAGACAUCCCGCUGCCGCCUUUCUGGGGUGGUGUGAGACUUGUCCCAGAGUCUGUGGAAUUCUGGCAGGGACGACGCAGUCGUUUGCAUGAUCGAUUCCGGUAUGUGCGCGUCGAGGGCGAGCCGGAGGAUGCUAAGUGGCGGCUGCAGAGGCUGUCGCCCCCGGACCACCACAGCGCAUCCAAUCCCAAUUCAGCUGCAGCCAUGUCCACCUCAACGCCCCAACCAAAGCCCCAAUCCUCUACAUCCCCCUGGAUCAUCCUCGCAAUCACGAGUGGCACCUUCGCAGCAUUGAACGGCGUGUUCGCAAAAUUAACCACGGACAACCACACAACGGCCUUCGCCCAAUCCCUCGCCCACCUCUUUGGCCUGGACUCAUCGCCCAUAAUCGAGAUGCUCACUCGCGGUGCUUGUCUCGGUCUAAACGUCGUCUGCAACAUCAUAAUGUGGGCUUUGUUUACACGCGCGCUAACAGCCGGCCCGUCGACGACGAAAGUCUCGAUCACCAAUACGGCGUCGAAUUUCUUGGCUACCGCGCUGUUGGGUAUGAUUGUUUUCCAGGAGGCUGUUGGGGGGCUUUGGUGGCUUGGGGCUGGGAUGAUGGGGGCGGGUUGUAUUUUGGUGGGUAUGCGGGAGGGAGCUUGA